UGAAUUAAAAUAUUUUCACUGCAGCCUGUAAUGGAGAGGCCUGCUUUAACUGAGCACAUGCUGGAUUUAAGUUUUGGAUAAACUGAACAUACUUUAAAAAUGGGUGAUAAUUUACUGGAUAAUGAACUUAUUAAUACUCUCUCUAUUGUGUACAUAGUGUUGCUCACUCCCAGUGUAAUUGGGAGUUUUUCAGUCCUGGUGACCUCUAUAGUCAAAUGGAGACGUUUAAAAAAUCAGGUCCACCUCUUGGUGCAGCUGACCCUGGCGGACCUCCUGGCCGCCUUGAUCUUGAUGCUGACUAGUGUUUCGAACAAACUUGAAGCCAACACAGACAUCAUGUGCCAGUUCAGCCUUCCACUUUCUCUGACGUUUUAUUUCAUUUCAUUUCUCCUGGUGGUUGUUUAUGCCUGGAAGUCGAAGAACGCCGUACAGGGAUGGAGAGACACGGCCAAAGAUGAUGAUCACAGACGGAGUCAAUGCAGAAGAACAAUGGUAGCAAUACCGAUUUACAUCAUCGUGUGGGUAGUUCCACUCGCCUGUUACCUGGCUUAUGUCAUCGCUGUUAGGAUUGGAACUUCCCAGUUGAUUCCAGUUACCACUAGAUCCCCAGACAUGACCACCCAGAACAAUAACACAUCCUGCAACAGCUGCAUUUUAUUCUUGCACAUCUGGAACAAUUCCUGUUCAGUCGAAAGAACAGAAAAUAAGUUUGUAGAUAAAUUCAUCAGGAUUGUCCUCGUCAUCGUGGUGAUAUCAGUGAUGAUAGUGUGCUCAUUUAUUUACUACAAAGUUGAGAAGUGGUAUGAAUGGCGCACGCAUGGCGGGCUUUUUCCCAUAGAGGGAGAUGGGCGUUCAAGGAGGCGAUUUAAAAGAGAGCUUUCCACGGCACGGAAUAUGGUGUUUGUCAUCUUGAUUUGCUGGGCACCAGCCCUUCUCCUCAUUCUACUGUCUACUCUGAACCUACCAGACGUUAAACCACACAACCUUUUUGCACUUUAUCUUUUGCAGGCUGCAACGGUAUCCCUCCAAGGUUUUCUGAACAGCAUGGUUUAUGCCUGGAGGCGGCCAAACUUCACAGAGGCCGUUCUUGGGGAGAGCAUGCCCCUGCUGGGAUAUCACCACAUGGCCUUUUUUGAUGAAUCUUUAGUGAGCUGAUACUGUGAGGACCACUGUGGUGCUGCACCACACUGCACAGACCUUAGGGAAACCUCACCACAGCAUGCACAUCUGGGACUGAAACACAAACGGAACUAAACGUGACUAAAUGAAGUAAAGAAGGAGCCACAGACACUUUUUAACAAGUAAAAUGUCUUUAACUGUUAUUGUAAAUGCUGUUGAUUUAAUAUCUUUUGGACCAAAAAAGGUUUUAAUGUAUAACUGUGCCUUAUAUUUAUGAUUUUUUGUGUCAGUGUACAGUUUUAUCAAAAAUGUUAAGUAUAUCAAAUAAUUCUAAUACUCGUAACCAUUUUCCAUUUCUUUAUUUCAGUUGCUUGAUUAACAAUGAGCUUCUUUGUCCAGAUUGAUCAACUUCUUCUACCGUUUUGGUAAAAAAAAGAAAUGAUUUAAGUCCUUCAGCUGCAAUCUCAGUUCAUCGUUUAUAUAUAGUGUGGAGUCCAUAGGUGGUGAAGAGUUGAGAAAUGCACUUAUUGCUGUUAAAAAGGAACAUGCUAUCUGCUCCGUCAUGUUUGUGUGCAACCACAAGGGUUGGCAUAUCUCAGAAGUAAUCACUUGUGUUUAUGCAGCUGAGGUCACACACGAGGCAUGCCAGAUAUGUUGGAGUUCAUUUGCGCAGACACCAGGAGGAAGGUCCACAUAUCUUUGUGAUAUUUUCUCAUGUCAUUUGAGCCCAAUGUCACCAGCAGACUGCGUGGUUGGAAAAGCUGCUAAAUGAUGAUGUUUGUGGCGGAUUUUCAGAAGAACAGCGCCGAUUGUCACCUCAUUUAUGUGCAUUAUUAAAGAAAGUUUGAGCAAAUUAGAAGCGUGAAGAAUUAGGAAUGAGAAAAUUAGGAUAUUUUAUUUCCUGAAUUCUCCUCUGAGGUUUUAGCUUGUCUUAACCCUCACCAAACAAAAGUUAUUUUGUUUUAUUUUGAAAAGGCAGACACUAACUCAGAUAUCUGAUCUAAACCUUGGUCAGGAGGAUGAGGGCUGCAGGUACUUUUUGAAAAAGUGAAACGCAUCCUCACGAACUCUUCUUACUCCACAGUUACACUUUGGCUAACCCACAUGGGCUCUGUUUGAAUGUGUAGUCUCUUUUGGAUUGUUUAUAAUAUACAUUUAUUUUUUACUGCGCCUUACACGUCUACCCAUAAAAACACCUGACCAGUG